AUGUUUUUAACAAGACAUAGCGAUCUGACGAUAGCGUUGACAAUGUUCUUUGGGCAGUUGUUCCAAGAAGCAAAUUUCUUUAUCAUUCAACUUGCAAAAAUCAUUAAAAAUGGCGAUCAAAAGAAAUUGCAAUCCAUUUUCUUUGAUAAUCCAAACAUCGUUAAAAUGAGAGAUAGUAAUGAGACAACACUGUUGAUGAGAGCUGCAUGUUACAACAAUCCAUCAAUUGUAAAAUGGUUGAUCGAUUCUGGAAGUGAUGUGAAUGCUGUGGAUAAAGACAAAUGGAAUGCAUAUCACUUUAGCGCAGCUAGUGGUUAUCAUAAUGUUUUGAAAGUUUUAAUUAAUCAUGACGCCAGAAAUAUUAACAAUGUAAAAAAUUCAAAUGAAACACCAUUACAUGAUGCAUCUGGUCGUGGUUAUAUUAAAUGUGUUAAGUUGUUGUUGUCGGUAGGAGGAGUUGAUGUAAAUAUACGAAACAAUAACAAUGAAACACCAUUACAUUAUGCACCUGUUAUGGUCAUAUUGAGUGUGUGA